AGAGAAGGCUGUCAGGAGGCCAGGAGAGCUGCAGAGAAGCCAUUAGGGAUGGAGCAGGCUCAGUGGGGAGAAACCCCAAUUCUGCCCUCCUGAGGCUUGACUUUUCACACCUUUUAAGUUCCCCUUGCUGUUCCUCCACUGAAUGCCUCCCUUUUCUAAGUAAUGUUGGGCUAUUUGUUGGACUCUUUCUCCACCUGAAAAGAGAAGGACUAAAAUGUGACCUGGCUGGAGGCAGACUGCUCCAGGACCAGAACAAUGCCAAGUGAUGCUAGAGAGAAGAACAUUGCUUUGCCAUGUGCAGCCAUGAUGGGUUGCCCAGAUGUUUGCUGGUCAGAAAAAGCAGAAGUGGCCAAACAAUGACGGUGUAUAUGAGACAAAUGAAUGGGAAGGAGAGGAUCGGAGUCGGGAAGAAAAUGACCUAAUACUGGAAAGGCACAGCAACUGUGGCAAAUCUCCAAAAGGUCACUAUGAGCAAGACCGGAGUGCACUUAAAAGGAAAGAAUGGGAGCGAAGAAAUCAAGAAGUCCAGCAAGAUGAAGAUCUCUUUGCUUCAGGUUUUAAUCUCUUUGGGGAACCCUACAAGACAAAUAAAGGUGAUGCCCUUGCUAACCGUGUCCAAAACACAUUGGGAAACUAUGAUGAAAUGAAGGACUUGUUAACCAACCAUUCCAACCAGAGCCACCUUGUAGGAAUCCCAAAGAAUUCUGUACCACAGACUCCCAUUGACAAAAAUGAACAGAACUUUUUUCCAGAACAGAGAAACAGGAUGAUCCCGUCUCACCAGAUCAGCGGUCACUCGUCAACGUCAAUGCCCCCACCUUCUUCACUGUCAUCAAAUUCUACUUUGCUACACAGUCACCAGAGCAGCAGGAAAUCCAGGACAGAUUGGUCACGUGGUGGUCACAACUCUAACGGUGCACAGCCAAGCCAAUCCAGUAGUCAACAGAGUAGGACAAAGCAUAGCUCUUCACAUGACCAGCCUCAAGGCAGGUAUGACGAUCUCUACAGCGGUCAGAGUGAGCAACAUAAAAAUGGAGGCACUGAGGAAGCAAACCCGGCUGCAUCAUCUUCACAUUCACGGAGGCACACUCAUUCCAAAUCAACAACUGGAGAACAUUCUUAUAAAGAAAACAGUCAUUCCAAGUCACCUGUAGAACUUGAGUUUGUAGGGCACGGUCCUGGAUCUCCACUUCCUUCUACAUCUUUGUUAUCUGCAAACAAUGGUCUCUCAACCCAGAGUUUCCCACCAGGACUGCACUGUAAAACUAGCAUGGGCCAGCAAAAGCCUACAGCUUACGUAAGACCUAUGGAUGGUCAGGACCAAGUACCUAAUGACUCACCUGAACUGAAACCUCCAAUAGAAAUUGAGAGUGGAUAUGGAAAUCAAUCAUUUGGAACACUGUUGGAAGGAAAAGCUAAUGCACCCAGUUCUAAGAAUAAAUUACCAAAGCUUACCAUCCCUCAAGCUAGCGAGGUUAGCCUUCCCAAUGACUCCAGCUGUGUGGAAGAAAUAUUACGGGAGAUGACCCAUUCCUGGCCUCCACCUCUUACUGCUAUUCACACCCCCGGCAAGGCUGAGCAGACCAAGUUUUCCAUCCCAAGCAAGGUGCAGGAUUCCCAGCACCCGUCCUCAGGAUACAAUGUACAAAAGUGGAGUGAUCCAGCAGGGAAAGCUGCCACCAAGUCAGUGCCACAAAAGUCAAUGCUCGAAGAUGAUCUAAAACUCAGCAGUGAUGAAGAUGACCACGAACAGGCUGCUGAAAAGACAAAACCUAGAAACAUUCCUGUAAAUGGCCUUCCUUUGCAGACAGCACACAGUGCAGUUUUAGCACAUUCCAGCGGAGGCUCUGGGAGCUCCAGUGAGUCCGAGAGCAGCUCCGAGUCCGAUUCUGACAGCGAAAGCAGCUCCAGUGACAGUGAGUGUAACGAAGAGUCACGCAGUGCAACUCCGGAGCCUGAACCUCCCUCAACAAACAAGUGGCAGCUGGAUAAAUGGCUAAAUAAAGUGAAUCCCCAUAACAAGACCAUUAUCAACAACCAAAAUGAGACUCAUAGUGAGAACAGUUCUCAGUCUCAAAGCAGCCAACAGACUGAAGGACAAAACAAGGGGAAGCUUAAUAACAGUCUGCCCCAGACCGAUUCCAAAGACAGGGCCGUCCGUAGUCCCAUCCGGGAGAAAGCCAAACCACGAGUUGCCCAGAAAACUCCAGAGGCAAAAAGCUCCAAGCAGAAGUCACCAGCUCAUAAUGAACCAACUUCACAAAGGACUCCUGGGAAAAAGCAACCCAAAAAGGUAGAAAGGACUUCCAGUGUAGAAGAGUAUAACUGGCCCAAACCAAAUAAUACCAGCAACACUCCCAAAGAAAAAGAUACACAGGAACCACCAGAGCAACCAAAGGUUCGCACAAAAGCAGCAGCUGGAAAGACAGCUCCAAGAAAAGAACCGAGGACUAGCACGGGUCUUGUUUCUGAGAAGAAAAAGUACAGAGGCCCUAGCAAAACUGUCCCUAAAUCCCGUGAAUUUAUUGAAACCGAUUCGUCUACUUCUGAUUCAAACACAGACCAGGAAGAGAGCCUGCAGGCUAAAAUAUUACCAGCUUUCAGUGGGCCUGCCAAUGGCAUCAAAGUAAAGGACUCCAGUAGCAACAUCCUCAGUGUAAGUAGUUUAACUAGCAACAGCAGCAACACAUCAAUAGACCAGACCAGCAAUGAUUUAGAGGAACAACUCUUUUCACCGAUCCCAAUCGUGCAAAAUGAACUUCUGUCCCCACUGAGGGAAUAUGAAGAACUCAAAUCCCUCUGGGUGAAAAUAGAUCUUAGUUUACUCUCUAGAAUACCUGGACAAGAGCCUUGUGAGACAGUGACUGUGAAAACUGAACCACGAGAGGCAAAUGUGAAGCACAGGCGACAAUCUCGAGAGUCGCCCACCACAGCAGCUGAAAAGCCCUCCACAAAAUCCAAAAGGAAGCACAAGCAGUCCGAAAGCUUGGAUACAUUUGGUGAAAGCAAGAAACAGCGUCUGGACGACACCUCAGCCUCAUGCCUGCUCCCACCAUGUAUUUCUCCAAUACCUAAUCACAGAUUAACCAGCACUAAAGACGGGAGUUCAGUUAAAAAGAUGACUAAGAAAAGAGAAGAGAAGUUGUUCCCUCCUCCGUUAUCCCCGCUGCUGGAUGAGCCAGCACACAGGCGGCACAGCAGUGACAACAGCUCCUUCAGCCAAGAGAACAGCGUCACAAACUCCUUGCAGACCGGCAGCUCUUCCUCUUCUUCUAAAUUCGGAAAGAAUGAGAACAAAUCCUCUUCGAACCCCAAAGGAAUCUGUGAGGAGGAAUCUCGCCAUAGACCAACAAACAGUCUCCUUGAUACCAGCCAUCUAGAAACAGACAUCUGGUCUACAAUGCCUACACUCUCCAAUGGGAAACCCGAGUCUAGAAGACCUAAAAUAACAUUUGAUGACAUGCUUCACAAUGCAGACUAUUACAUGCAAGAGGCUAAGAAGCUAAAGCACAAAGCAGACGCACUGUUGGAGAAGUUCGGCAAAGCAGUGAAUUAUGCUGAUGCUGCUCUCUCCUUCAUUGAGUGCGGGAAUGCUAUGGAGCGAGAUCCAUUAGAAGCUAAAUCUCCAUACACCAUGUACUCAGAGACUGUGGAACUCAUCAGGUAUGCGAUGAGACUCAAGAAUUUCACAGGCUCAUCUGCCACGGAAGGAGACAAGAAACUAGCAGUUUUAUGCUACCGAUGCUUAUCACUCCUCUACUUGAGAAUGUUUAAACUAAAGAAAGACCAUGCUAUGAAGUACUCCAGAUCUCUGAUGGAAUAUUUUAAGAACUCUUCAAAAGCCUCCCAGGCCCCCUCUCCUUGGGGAGGCAAUGGAAAGAGCACAGAGACUCCAUCCCCCAUGUCUCUCAGUCCAUCUCCAGUCAGUUCUGUAGGGAGCAGUACAGGCACUGCUGGGUCCUCAUCAGCAGGAACCAUCACCAUUCCCCAGCGCAUCCACCAUAUGGCUGCCAGCCAUGUAAAUAUCACCAACAACGUCUUGCGGAGCUAUGAGCACUGGGACAUGGCUGACAAACUGACUAAGGAGAACAAAGAGUUCUUUGUAGACCUGGACUCAGUCAUGGGACCAUUAACACAACACAGCAGUAUGACCAGUUUGGUCCGUUACGUUCGACAAGGACUUCACUGGCUCCGCAUGGAGGCGCAUUUGUUGUAGUGACUGCUGCCCUCUUCAUAACAUCCCCAUCAGUCUACCUCUACCAGCGCACAGACGAUCACUGGUGGAACUCCGCUCAUUCUGGAACUUGAUUCAUGUAACUUCAUUUUUAUUGCCUUUUUUGAUAUCUUAUCUAUUGGAAGUAGAAGUCACCAUAAAUGGAACUUAUGACUCAAGAGCAGUAUGUGUUGUACCAUCUAAUCAUUUUUGACAAUUUCUAUGCCUUGCGUCUCCUGGAUCCUGCUAUCCUUAUGUGCUUUAUGGAACGGUACAUUCCCUGCAGUAUUGUUUUAAGUCGACACUGCCUUCAAGUGAAAAUAAAAAAAGCACUUUGAGAAGAUAUGGAUUCCUGAGAAAUAGUACAAAACGUCUUAAAUAUAUGAGGGUAUAUACGAAAAUUCUCUUCUGAAAUAAAUUAGUAGAAGUUUUAGCCAUUCACUCAGAAUUGUCCUUUGAACCCAAGCCAACCUGUUCACUGCUUAGUUCUGGCAUCGUUACCUGCAACUGUUUAUCGCUAAGAUUUCCUACUUUAUAAAGGCCUGAUCUCUAAAAAAGGACUCUGAACAUCUUAUAGGUAUGUAGCAUAAAAUCACCAAAGGUGUUAAAAGAUAAAAGAUUGGGAAGAAUGAUUAAAGAAAGAUGCCACACUACACAAUGAGGUUUUGAUAGUCUUUUCUGUUUAAUGUUGGCUUAACAGUUUAAGUGGGCAGAACAAGGCAGCUGAUUAGGCAAUUUCAAAAUGUUAGCUUUCAUAGUCUUAGCUACCAUUCAUGUACUCAGUCGGUGAAUUUUCUUUCAGUCCUACUGUUUGGUCUCCAGCAAAUAUUCCUCCAUGAUUUUUCUUGGCAAAACAAUCUCCUCUUGCAUAGCGACUCAGUGACAGCAUGUCUUAACAGGAGUGCUACAUUAUAAACAUUGAUAUUGUAUGUGAAAGUAUGGAUUCUUGAUGAGAUUCGCUAGUAAUUUAACUGACUGCUUCUGAGGCACUUCUAACGCCCUGUGGCAUUCAUUUACACCUGUUUUGUUGAUUUCAAAGCUUUAGAAGCAGACACUAUUAUCUUACUUUCUUGAAAACAAUGAAAAAUUAAAGGAAAUCGCUAGAUUUACCCAAAAACAACAUAUUUGCUUCAUAAUAUCCAUGAAUACUUCAGUCUCCCAAUUCUCCAAAUUACCCAUUUUCCAAAUUCCAUUUUUAUUUACCCACAAUGUCAUAUUUUGACCAUUCCUUUAACGCAUGCAUAAUCAUGAGACAAUUCAGAGAAAAUUUCAAAGCAAUCUUGAAUAAAUGAGACCAUUUCAUUCACUCGUUCUUUUUUUUUUUUUCUUUCUAAGCUGCGCUGCUCUUGUGGCAGCCCUGCAGGAAGCAAUGGUGCAUGAAACAAAACAAAAUGAAUUUAUAUCGGUAAUUCACAAGACUUUAAAUGGCCUCAUAUCAUUCUUGAUGUAAUGCCGGCACACCUUAUCAAACUGUAAAUUUCAUUUAUAUAAACAAAAAAAAACCCUCCUGGCAAUGUAAAUAUCAUUCUGUGUCACAUCUCACUGAAAUAACAUGACAGGUGUAUUAAGUAUCAUCCAGACAUUAUUUAAUUGUAAUUGCCUUUUGAUAUAUAAGCCUGUAUAUCCUUUAAUCGGGCAAGAUAUUAGAUUCUACUCACUGAAUUGUGACCAGAUAAAUAGGACAAAUUUGCAUUUAAACGGUUCAGAC